CAGAUCAUAGCUAAGCCCCGCUCGCGGCCUUGAAACCCUCGCUCCUCAGUCAGGUCUGGCCUCGCCGCCAUCCCUCGCGCGCGCCGCGUGACCAAACCCAAAACUCGCCGGUGCCCCGACCGACUCCCCGCCAUGGCCAGCGACGAUGAGUGCUACGGCUACGACUCCGACUACGACUACUACGACGAGGACGACGUCGCGAUGGAGGCCGACGAGGACGCUCUGGUGGAGGAGGACACGCCGGCGCCGGAUCGCCCCGUAGAUUGCUGGGCCAUUACAAAAGAAUCCCUUUCCACUGCACAGCAACAAGAUUUGUCCAUGGUGAUGAACCUUCUCAACAUAAAGCAGCACCAUGCGCGCGCUCUCCUCAUCCACCACCGGUGGAAGACGGAAUGCAUAUGCGACCACUUCGACAGGAAGGGGCGGGAUCGCAUGCUCAGGGAGGCAGGCGUUGUGCUUCAGGAGAAUAACAACUGCAGGGCAUCGCCCUCAAGAAUGAUGAACUGCAUGGUGUGUUUUGAAGAAUUUUCCAUGAGCGUCGUCUCCACCAUGGAAUGUGGGCAUUAUUUCUGCAAUGACUGUUGGACAGAGUACUUCAAAGCCUCUGUCGACAGCGGCAAGAAGCAGAUCCGGUGCAUGGGGCUGAAGUGCCCUGCCAUCUGCGACGAGGCCGUGGUGAGGCGCCUCCUUGGCUGCCGGUACCCGGACGCUGCCAGGCGCUUCGACCGCUUCCUGCUCGAGUCCUACCUGGAGGACAACGACUUCGUCAAGUGGUGCCCCAGCGUGCCGCAUUGCGGGCGCGCGAUCCGCGUGGGCGGCAGCGAGCAGCACUGUGAGGUGGAGUGUCCCUGCGGCGUGGGCUUCUGCUUCGCCUGCGCGGCCGGCGCGCACUCGCCGUGCCCGUGCACCAUGUGGGAUCAGUGGGAGGUCAAGUGCAACGGCGAGUCGGAGACGGUUAACUGGAUCCUUGCCAACACCAAGAACUGCCCCAAGUGCUAUAAGACCAUCGUCAAGGAGGGCGGCUGCAACCUCGUCACCUGCAAAUGCGGCCAGUGCCUAUGCUGGCUGUGCGGUGGCGCGACGGGGUCUGCGCACACAUGGACCUCCAUAGACAACCACAGUUGCAACCGGUUCGUGGAGGGAGAGAAGAAGAAGGUGGACGACGCCAAGCGGCACCUACACCGCUACACGCACUUCUACGACCGGUUCAAGAUCCACGGCGACUCGUACAAGGUGGAGCACGAGAAGCUGGGCCCGGCAGUCGAGGAGCGGGCCAAGUGGCUGCAGACCCUGCAACAGCAUGCCUUGCUCCGGGACGGCGCCUGGCUGACGGAGGCGCACCAGAAGCUGCUCCAGUCGCGGCAGGUGCUGUCAAGGUCCUACGUCUUCGCCUUCUACAUGUUCGGCGACGACUACCACGGCAAGGUGCACAAGACGGAGCAGGGGAAGGUGGCCAUGGCGCAGGUCCUGUUCGAGGACUACCAAGAGCAGCUGGAGCGCCACGUCGAGCGCCUAUCCAAGGUGCUCGCCACCGAGUUCUCGCUGGACCCGGUGGAGGAGGACAAGAUCCUGCGUGACAAGCAGGACGCCCUCAACCUCGCCAAGAUCGUCCAAACCCACUGCGGAGAGAUUUACAAGUGCAUCCAGGACGAGCUGCUGCCGCUGCUCCUCGACACGGUCGACAUCGCCACCUACCGGCCCCGAGGCCCGGACAAAGCCAAGGAGUUCCAGCCGUGAUGAAACAGAGGAACUCUAUUUCUUUGCCAUGGAAAGGUGCAGAUCAACUAGUUUAUGUUUCUCUGUUCCCAACAGAGGAACUCUGUUUCUUUGCCAUGGAAAGGUGCAGAGGAACUCUGUUUCUCCGUCCCAAACAGAGGACGGCUAGGCUCCACUGGAAGUUCCUAUUGGAUACUCUCUGGUAGGCUCUCCUGGCAGGCACAUUGGAUUCUGGAAGGCAGCUUAACAUUGUUUGGAUUUUUUCUCUCCGGGAAACCUGGUAGUGCUUAUUCGUUAUUCGUUAAGAGAAUAGUCUUAAACUCUUA